AUGAAAAACAAAGAAAAAGUGUCGUCAGACCUAUCGGGAUAUGUUAAUGAGGUGAAGAGAGAUAAUGAGAACUUGCAGUGGAUAGAAGAUGUGGAGAGGAGAGGUGUCUUCUUCCAAGGCUACAGAUGUUUAAAAACGGGGGCUAAUGUUCACAAGGAGUGCAUAGCUAGGGCAAAAGAUGUCACUGGUCCACCAGUUAUUCCACCGAAAAAGGAUCGAGGCCUACCUCCUCCCACCCCAACUCACGACCACCACAACAACAUCAUCAUCAACGCCAACAUGUCAUCGUCAUCAUCACUAAUCACGUCAUCCGCAUCGUCAUCGUCAUCUUUCCAGAAACAUUCCAAAGUCAAUCCAAAAAUUAAUACCAGAACAACUAAAACACAAUUGUCCUUCUAA